AUGGCAAUCCAUUUCACGCUCUUGUUGUCUCGACAAGGCAAAGUGAGAUUGUGCAAAUGGUACCACACGAAUAGUCAAAAGGAGAAGGCCAAGAUCACCAGGGAGUUGACCACUAUCAUUAUGGCCAGGAGAGCCAAAAUGUGCAACAUCUUAGAGUACAAAGACAUGAAGAUUGUGUACCGUCGAUAUGCAUCGUUAUUCUUUGUCAUGGGCAUUGACUCUCUGGACAACGGUUUGUUGGCUCUUGAGGUGAUCCACCGUUAUGUUGAGCAAAUGGACAAACUAUAUGGAAAUGUGUGUGAAUUGGACAUUAUUUUCGGGUUUGCUAAGGCCUACCAUAUAUUGGACGAGUUAUUGCUAGAUGGCUAUGUUCUGGAAUCGUCCAAGAAAGAAGUGGUCAAAAAGGUAUCCCAGCAGGACGAGUUGGAGAAUAUGGAUGAGUUCGAGAACAUAUUGGCAUAG